AUGAUGGCAGUGAACGUCAAGAUGAUGGCUUACAUCGACACGUUCUGCUGCGUACCUUGCGCAACACACCCGGUCUUUGACGAGCAGGCCUGGCAAGAUCUCAUCCUCCCAAAAUGUCAAGACUGCUCUGCCGCCAAUGGGCCAGACAUUGUUUUCGGCUACUCGAUGCGCAUCUUGCCGGUGAUUGGAGCAGCAGCCUCGCUGGUUGACGACUUCUUCCAAAUGAUGAUUACGCCCGUGGGCUUUGUCUCUUCUCGAUGUCAUCUCCUAGAAAAACUUGAAUCAGCUUGCCAAGAUCUUCCACCUCCUCAACAUCAGCCAGAUCCAAAUACUGAUCCAUCGGCUCCGCCAACGAGUCUCAAAAUCCGCGAUGCCAACGCCUGCAUCGCAGCCGCCCGGGCCCACAGCCUGGCAACACAAAUCUUCCUGCUCCGCGCGGACGAGGGUGACUCAAGCACGUUGGCAGCCGAUCGUCCCACAAAGCAUCCCCUGGCUUUGGUGGAGCAGCUAUACGACGCCGUUGCCGCCGUGCCGCUCGACACGCAUGCGGCGACCAUGAUGGUUUGGCCCGUGUUUGUGCUCGGCUGCGAGAGCAUGGCGGUGAGCGCACGGCGGUAUGAGGUAGAAGACCUGUUUGAGAGGAUUAUCGACAAGCAGAAACUUCUCAAUAUCUCAGUGGCGCUCAAGAUGCUGCGGGAAAAUGUUUGGACGGGCGGUGUGACAAACACUGCCAGCCCUGCGAGUGAUUUGUCCCCUGCAGAAGAGCCGUGUCGAUAUACACAGAAUCAGUGGGUCAAAAUGUGUUGGGGAGAGCGGCUGCAACUUUGUUCGGCAUAG